CUGGUCGAACGAUUGAAUAUAAUGGACUAUAGUCUUUUAGUUGGAUUGCACGACAUAACAUGCGGAAACAAGAACAAUAUUCGAGAAGAUAUCUUAACCGCGUUUCAGCCGGAUAUGAAAAAACUCAACAGAGUACCAUCAAAUCAUAAACGGGAGAAUAAAGUGACUGUUUCUGAAUUGCAAAAGGCAGUAAAACCUACAGAUCCUCUAAAGCUGGGCCCUUCAUCUACAAAACUCAGUCUUGAUGCAUGUAGCCAUUGUAUCAGCGUUUUUUAA